AUAAUGAGAACCUCCUAACCGUCAUGCAGUCUCACAGCUCACAUUGUUGUAGGUCCCGCGUGAAAAAUAACUAUCUUCAAAAAUGACGACCGUCUUCGCCCGAAUAGUAAAGUUUUCAAUCGCCUACCCAGUUACUAGGGGAAUGGUUUCGUAUGCAGUGAUAUGGCCAACCGGAUGUUUAAUACAGCAAUUAGCUUUUGGAGAUGACAAAUUUGACUUUGCUAGAGCUGCUCGGUUUGGACUGUUUGGAGCAUUUUAUGUGGCCCCAACUUUGAAUGCAUGGCUAACUGUUGCACGUUACUUAUAUCCAAAGAAUGAUCUCCGUAGCGCAAUCAUCAAAGCACUUUUGGAGCAAGUAACAUACUCACCGUGUGCAAUGGUGAGCUUUUAUUUUGGUAUGUCUUUACUGGAAGGGAAGACGGUCGAGGAAGCAAAAAAAGAAGUAGAAAAAAAAUUUUUACCAACAUAUCAGGUGGGUGUAGCAGUUUGGCCUUUACUACAAGUAUUCAAUUAUACAAUGAUUCCAGAAAAAAAUAGGAUUCCAUUUGUUAGUCUAUGCAGUCUAGCUUGGAGUUCAUUUUUAGCAUACAUGAAUCACUGUAGUGUGAAAAAGGAAAACACGUUAACCAUCAAAUAAAGAAACAGAAUCAUUCCAAAUAUAUAUAUAUAUUAACAUAAAUAUAAAUUGUGUGUGUUAUGUUUAUUAUAUGUUAAAAAAAUUACUGUAAAAUAGAAGCAAAU